AUGACAGAGAUGGCGGAGCCUGAGGGCCGGCGCAUCCACUCGUGGAGCUGGUUGAACCGACAUCUUCUUGCUCGGUGUAACGCAGCAGAGGCCACUCAGAGCGGCAUCUUGGGCUGCAUCGCUCCGUUCAAGGCCAUGACUAACCAGGAGCAAGCUGAAGUCUACGUGGACAAGAUCGGUCGGCUAGACCCUCAUGCUAACCCCUUGAUGGGAAUACACACAUUCGAUGAUCCGACGGCUGGCCUGCCUGCUGGGUAUUAA